GUUCGUCCCUCAUAAAAAUUUAUGGCGGCUCCAGAAAAUUGGUUCUCAUCUUAUAUUGCUUCAGUUAAUUAAUAAUUUAGAAAUACCGCGUAUUAAAAGCGGGGGACAGUAAGCCAUUAUCUACGAUAAAGGAUUUUUAAGUAAUAGUAGAUAAGUUUGUUCGUUCUAGAGAUUAUUCGUUAUCAACUCGGCUUCUAACUUGUAAUGGUCACGUAAACCUAAUUAACCGGGAACUUCUUCAGGCGUCGAUUCCACACAAAUAGGUCACAACAAAAUCGAUAAUGUUACGACAGAAAAUUACUUAAGCAUCUUAUUGUACCCCAAAAAACACAUAAAUAUAUAUAUUUCGGGGGCAAUAAUUCUUGAACGCUUUGUGUUGUCUUAUCGAAUUGUUUUAUUUGUUCCCAGGGCGAAUCGAACUGUCGACAAUAAUUGAAUCACAUGCAACGGUAUCUAAACACAUGACAAUCUGAUAUACGUUAUCUAUGUUGUUACACAAUGCAAAAUUAUUGUUUGUUUACACGCCAUGCCAGCUCAAAUCACAUCAGAGAUGCAAAAUGAAUUAAAGCAAAUCGAAAAUGAGGUCGACAACUUUCAGGAGACGAAAAAAGAUCACAGAUAUCAAAUAUUGAAUUAUCAACUGCACGAACUGUGGAACAAGGCGAGAGAAGCGACUGACAGCGAAUCCAAGAAGAUUUUCAUCAAAGAUGUCAAAUCUGUUCUUAAUACGCUGGACCUGAAAGUCAUCGAAAACGAAAAAAUAGAACGGGAUCGUUACUACAUUUACUAAAAAUGUUGUGUUACUUUUUAAGGUAUUAAAUUGUUGUAAUCGUUA